GAAUAAAAAGAUUAUCUUGCCGCCAUCUCCGUUUCUCUCUUUCAGAAUGUCGGCGUCUGAAACACCUGUCGUCGACAAGCCAUUACCGGAGGAGAAACCGCCGGAAAAGCGUUCCUGGGCCGACGAGGCUGAGGAAGAAGUUCAAAAUGAAGAACCUUUAUCUUCCUCUGAAGACAAAUCCUCUGCCUCCAAAGAAAAAGCUAUCGAAGUACCAAGUCUGGGGCCUCUAGCCAUCGACGAGACAAAGAAGGUUAAUAUGUUCCUAGAAGAUCCUGAAGACUCUAGCAUCGAAGCUGUUACGGUAGGGGAAACGCCAUAUACUUCGGCUAAGGUGUUCGAAGACUUGAAUCUAUCGCCGGAGUUGAUUAAGGGUUUAUAUGUUGAGAUGAAGUUCACUAGGCCGAGCAAGAUUCAAGCUGUAAGUUUACCCAUGAUCUUAACUCCUCCCCAUAAGCACUUGAUUGCUCAGGCCCACAAUGGUUCCGGAAAGACUACUUGUUUCGUGCUGGGUAUGUUGAGCCGUGUUGAUCCUGCCUUCCGUGCUCCCCAGGCCUUGUGUAUUUGCCCAACCAGAGAAUUAGCUAUCCAGAACAUGGAAGUUCUUCAAAAAAUGGGCAAGUUUACUGGAAUUACUUAUGAUCUUCUAAUACCACCAGCAGGUGAUAGUGCUGGCUAUUUACCUGUGGCUAAGAGACCGCCAUUGACGGCACAAAUAGCAAUUGGAACACCUGGCACAAUCAAUAACUAUAUCCGGUUGAAAAAAUUGCAUACUUCGUCGUUGAAGAUUCUUGUUUUCGACGAGGCUGAUCAUAUGUUAGCCGAGAGAGGAUUCAAAGAUGACUCAAUUAGGAUAAUGAGGGCAAUUGCGUCUACCAAUCCUCAAUGCCAGGUUCUUCUUUUUUCUGCGACUUUUGACGAUGUUGUGAGGGAUUUUGUUUCAAAGAUUGUGACAGACACGUUCAAAGGUGAUUAUAACCAAAUGUUUGUGAAAAAAGAAGAAUUGUCCUUGGAGUCUGUGAAACAGUACAAGGUCAGGUGUCCGGAUGAGCUUUCCAAGAUUCUGGUCAUAAAAGAUAAACUUCUCGAGUUGGGGCAGAAGGUUGGGCAGACAAUAAUAUUUGUUCGCACGAGAAAUAGCACAAAGAUGUUACAUAAAGCCCUUACGGAAUUUGGUUAUGAGGUGACAGCAAUCCAGGGUGCUCUUAAUCAAGAAGACAGAGACAAGAUUGUGAAGGAAUUUAAAGAUGGGUUAACUCAAGUACUUAUUGCAACUGAUGUUCUUGCCAGGGGUUUUGACCAGUCCCAAGUCAAUUUGGUUGUCAAUUUUGAUCUUCCUGUAAAGCAUGAGAUCCAAACAGAGCCAGAUUGUGAGGUAUACUUGCAUCGGGUUGGUAGGGCUGGGCGUUUUGGCCGCAAGGGAGCGGUUUUCAACUUGUUAUGUGGGGAAAGAGACUCUAUGAUAAUGGGAAAAAUUGAGAAACACUUCAAUAGUUCAGUACAUGAGGUACCAUCUUGGACAAGUAAUCAAGACUUUGAAGAAGCCCUAAAAAAGGCAGGACUACUAGAUGGAUGAUGAUAGGAUUAGGGUUUUUCUGUUGCAUAAUUUUAUUUUAUUUUGCUGUUUUUUGAAUUUUUGUUCACGAGUUCUAUAGAAGAAUAUUAUGUGGUAGAGAAUUAUAUAUCAUUUUGAUUGAUAUCGAAUCCAACCGGGAUUGUUUUUAUGUUGGUUGAGUCAUUUUGUAUGGUUUGGUCUAGUCUUUUAUAACAUGCAAAGUUGAUAAUUUAUUUGAAACAAAUAUUUUGAUUGAUUCU